AUGUUACAGUCAGAGCAAUGCUUGUGGUGCUUUUACAGCGAGUCUCUGGCAAGAUAUGGCAAAAGCCCGUACCUCUACCCACUGUAUGGCCUUGGGGAGCUGCCGCAGGGAUUUGCAAGGCUAAGUGCUAUUCAUGGUGGCACCUACAUGCUCAAUAAACCCAUUGCAAUCAUUGUGCAAAAUGGCAAAGUGAUUGGUGUGAAAUCUGAAGGAGAGGUUGCUCGCUGCAAGCAGCUCAUCUGUGACCCCAGCUACGUCAAAGACCGGGUAGAGAAGGUGGGCCAGGUCAUCAGGGUUAUCUGCAUUCUCAGCCACCCCAUCAAGAACACCAGUGACGCCAACUCCUGCCAGAUCAUCAUCCCCCAGAACCAGGUCAAUCGGAAGUCAGACGUCUACGUGUGCAUGAUCUCCUCUGCCCACAACGUGGCCGCGCAAGGGAAGUACAUCGCCGUAGUGAGCACAACGGUGGAGACCAAGGAUCCCGAGAAGGAAAUCAGACCAGCUUUGGAGCUUCUGGAACCAAUUGAACGGAAAUUCGUUAGCAUCAGCGACGUCCUUGUACCCAAAGACCUGGGGACGGAAAGCCAGAUCUUUAUUUCCCGCACGUACCAUGCUACAACUCACUUUGAGACCACCUGUGACGAUAUUAAAAACAUCUACAAGAGGAUGACCGGCUCCGAGUUUGACUUUGAGGAAAUGAAGCGCAGGAAGAACGACAUCUACGGGGAAGACUAGGAGCAGUGCACGUCCUCCUCUCGCUAGGACAGGCCU